CCGGCUUGGGCUGCCCCGGCCCUCAGACUCCGGCCUGCCUGGAAGUGAUGCUCCAAACGCCGCCAGCUCUGGGGCGGACUGGAAACUCUCCGGCAACUCUACCCGGAUAUUGACUGGUGUCCGUAGUCAGCACGUUGGUUCCCCUCCUCAAGCUGGCAUUGUUUGCAGAGCAUGCGGUUGGUCUGAUGGUUUGCGGUUUGCAGAGCGCUGAAUUCAUCCUGAGUGUGCCAUGCCGGCGACCAGGAAACUCAGGGUUCAUGGCUUUUGUGGAAUGGAAACAGACUAUAAUCCCUUGGAGUUGAGCAGCAUGUCCGGGUUUGAAGAAAGCUCAGAGCUCAACGGAUUUGAAGGCACAGAUGUGAAGGACAUGCGGCUGGAGGCCGAAGCAGUGGUGAAUGAUGUUCUCUUUGCUGUUAACAACAUGUUUGUCUCAAAAAACCUGCGCUGUGCAGAUGAUGUAGCUUACAUCAACGUGGAGACAAAGGAAGGGAACAGAUACUGCCUGGAGCUCACUGAGGCAGGGCUCAGGGUGGUAGGGUAUGCCUUUGAUCAGGUGGAUGACCAUUUGCAGACUCCCUACCAUGAAACUGUCUACUCCCUGCUGGACAUGCUCAGCCCUGCCUACCGGGAAGCAUUUGGAAACGCACUCCUUCAGAGACUGGAAGCUUUGAAAAAGGAUGGACAGUCGUGACUAGGUUUCCUUGUAGAAGGGGUUCCUGCUGGUACAGAAUGUUACCAUGAAACUUGAAAUCCUUACAUAUGAUCAUAGUAGAAAGUGCAUUUUUGGUUUUCUGUGUUAUCACUUGCUUCAGAUGUAGGGUUUUGACUUGGAACAUUGCUGACUAGUAAGCUUAGUUUGGGAUUCAUUUAAGGGGAUUUUGAGGUCAUUGCUGUGACUCCAUCAUUAAGACAUUUGGAUUUCUCCACAGCUCCUGCAUUUCACAGUCUUAUCGGUAUCCCAUUCUCCUGUAUGGGCUUGAUGCUGCCAGCACUCGCUUUGACAUAGGGAAGUAUAGAUUUGCACAGUAAUAUAGGAAUUAGGGUUACCUAACUUCAAAAGCACUCAGCCUGCUAAAUCAGGGGUUUACUGCUGGCUUGGACCGACUUUGCAGGGGUGAUUUUUGCGGCCCUUGUUUCCCCUGCACAAAUUUUGGGAUUUACUGCUUUACUUAAUCUAUUUAUAUUACCAAAAUGGACGGAUAAAAAUGAAUCGCUUAUAUGCCACAGCCAGCCGACCUAGCCGAGGACAAGCCGUUAGCAAAUGAAUGUACUAAUUACUCAUUUUCAAGAUAUCUAAGCACAUGAGCAAAUAUCAGAACGGGCUCCAUUGUCGACAGAAAGCAUCCUCAGUGUGUAUUAUUUCAAAGGAGGAAGAUUCUGGUUUCUUAGGAAACAAUUUUGGCCUGUGUUGAUUCUUAUUCUGAAUGUUUGUUUACAUAAUGUACAGUAUAUAUAUUCAGAAAGUAUUUUUGCUUCAGCACUUCCUCUCUAUAAUGUAAUGCUUUGGGACUCCCUGGGCACCCUCCUUCCCCAGCAGAUGGACAGUGUCCGUCCCAUUGCCGUGUGUACAGUGUAAUAUGAGUGCAUUGUGUGGGUCUGAAACCAAAGGAUGAAUGAAGCAUUCAGAGACUUGAUAUUUGAAAAAGAGAUGCUCUGUAUUUUCUAUUUUAGUACAGUUCCUGAUGUUUAUAAAGUUAAUAAACCGUACCAUUCUGCUGCAUGUUUUCCGGUACAUGAAAACAGAAAGGAUCGGGCAUUGUUUUUUAAUAGUCACCUGAAGCAGCCUCUGUAGAAAUGUUGAUCUAAAAUGCCACAUCCAGAUGUACCUUCAUAAGUUUGUCAUCUGCAGGAUUUCUGUAUGUCAUAAUUUUAAAAAUGGGCAUUUUUAGGCUCUGAAAAUCAUGGGAGAGGGAGGGCUAGGGGAAGAACACUUACCUAUGAUGUGGAAGCACCUGGGUUCAAUCCUGAGGAUCAAAAAAGUUUUAAACGUAUAAGGAUCACUUGGACCAGAGCAAAUCGGAGUUCCAUCUUUGCUCCCGGCACUGUCAGGGCUCAUUUGAGUGCUUGAGCUGGGCUCUAAGACUGAGGCACGUUCCUUCUUAGCUUGGUUUCCAGAUGCCUAACUGUUCGGGCAGUGAAGUCUAACUUCAGGUUGAACUUUCUCAUGCUUAAUCUCAGGCGAAUAUGAAUGAUAUUUGUAAAGUUUGAAUAAAAUGCUGUUUACUCACUUUGA